AUGCGCUCGUCGGAAUAUGGGUCGGACUACUUUGAUGACGAUGACGACUUUGUAGUGCCCGACGAUAGCCAGGACUUGCCUGCAGCUCGACCAUCAAAGCGCCCUCGUUUACGAGCACCUACCCGCGAUAAAAACAGACAUGACGCCUCGUCAACGGACGGCUUUUCCGACAUAGAAGCCGAGGAAUACGAUGAACGAGCAACGAGCCAUGGCAAUCAAGCGCGCAAGUCCCGCAGCUUCGUCGCGAAAAAGAGCAACAUGCAAGAGAACAUAUUUGUCACCCAAUUAACACAACCCCAUUCCAGUCCUGAUCGAAUACGUGGACCAAGAUGGAAAAAACCGAACCCUCCUUCUCCUCCUCCGAACGAUAUACCUACUCCACAAGCUAGUGAGGGUGGCCACAUAUCCGAUAACUUCUCCGAUGACGAUGGCGCGCUGCAAGCGGCAUUGGCAGCCUCCAUGGACUCAUUUGAGGCUGAGAAUGCGGCCCGUCUUCCAAGCAGUCCUGGUAUCUCAAAAAACCCACCUCCUCAGAGACCCACGCUCUCCAUUCCUGGCCGAACUGAUCUCCAACAAAAUAGUUCAUUUGAGUUGGACGAUAUUCCGGACGGUGCUUUUGACUCUUCGCCCUCUUUGUCGCCAGUAACACGACCCGCUCAGACCUCAUUCUCCUCCACCAUUAGCAGGAAUCCCUCUUCUUAUCGACAAACCACUCUGUAUGGCAUGGUUUCAGCGAAUCCCCAAAUAGAUUUGGAUCCUGGACCUCCAGAAAAAGUCGAAUCUCCAACGCACCACAAAUUAAAUUACGAUGAGCUUACCACAUGGUGGUACCCUACGAACCUAGGGACUGUCAGAGACUAUCAAUUCAACAUCACCCAAAAGGGUCUUUUCCAUAACCUGCUCGUUGCCUUACCAACUGGUCUUGGAAAAACAUUUAUUGCGGCAACAGUUAUGUUAAAUUGGUUUCGUUGGACCAAAGACGCUCAAAUAAUUUUUGUUGCUCCAACAAAACCUUUGGUCUCUCAGCAGGUCUCUGCAUGUUUAGAUAUCGCGGGUAUUCCGCGUUCGCAAAGUACCAUGCUCACAGGAGGAGCGUCUCCCGGUAUCCGAGCACAGGAAUGGCAAUCAAAACGAGUGUUCUUCAUGACCCCUCAAACAUUGAUCAACGAUUUAAAGACCGGCAUUGCAGACCCUAAACGAAUUGUGCUUGUGGUGGUUGAUGAGGCUCAUCGCGCCACUGGAGGCUAUGCCUAUGUCGAGGUGGUCAGCUUCUUGCGACGAUUCAGCAACAGCUUCCGUGUUCUCGCACUGACCGCCACACCUGGUUCCACAGUCGAGGGCGUCCAAGCGGUCAUUGAUGGCUUAGAUAUCUCACGGGUUGAGAUUCGUACGGAAAAUUCCCUCGAUAUCCGAGAUUAUGUACAUGCCCGCAAUAUCGAAAUCGAGACCUUCGAGAAUUCAGAAGAAAUGACUUUCUGCUUGGAUCUUAUCUCGGAGGCUUUACAACCUCAGGUUGAUCAGCUGCAGAGGUUGAAUGCGUACUGGGGCAAAGAUCCCCUCAAGCUCACUGCAUUUGGAUUGACGAAAGCUAGACAGCAAUGGAUGGCAUCUGAUGCUGGUCGCAAUGCAAGCUUUGGGCUCAAGGGGAUGGUGAACUCCAUCUUUACUGUUUUGGCCAGCUUAGCCCAUGCCAUCGACUUGUUGAAAUACCACGGCAUCAUUCCUUGCUAUCGUCAUUUGACUCACUUCAGAUCAAAUACGGACGGCCAAAAAGGUGGCAAAUAUCAGAAACAAAUCAUUCAGCACGAAAGUUUUAAAAAGCUCAUGUCUCAUAUUGAUCCCUGGUCUAAAAACGACGAGUUCAUUGGCCAUCCCAAAUUGGAAUACCUCAAAUCUGUCAUAUUAAACCACUUCCUGGAUGCAGGUGAAGGGGCUGAAAACGUUGACAACUCUAAAGCUACUACCCGUGUUAUGAUUUUCGUUCAUUUUCGUGACAGUGCCGAGGAGGUAACUCGAGUAUUGAAAAGAUAUGGGCCCAUGAUUCGACCACACAUCUUCGUCGGGCAAUCAAGCGCCAAGGGCUCCGAGGGAAUGAACCAGAAAACCCAGCUCGACAUCAUCACUAAAUUCAAAGCCGGUACUUACAAUACUAUCGUUGCAACUUCCAUCGGUGAAGAAGGUCUAGAUAUCGGAGAAGUCGAUCGUAUCGUGUGCUACGAUUCUUCUGCUUCGCCCAUCCGAAUGCUUCAACGAAUGGGUCGAACUGGUCGUAAACGAGCGGGAAAUAUCACUCUACUUUUGAUGAAAGGCAAGGAGGAAGACUCAUACACAAAGGCCAAAGAUAACUAUGAGAAGAUGCAAGAAAUGAUUGCCAGUGGUGCUCGCUUUAUCUUUCAUGACGACCGAUCUGCUCGUAUCCUGCCCGCUGGAAUUAGACCUCUACCCGACAAACGCAUCAUCGACAUACCACAAGAAAAUUCCCAGCACGAAUUACCGGAGCCCAAACGGAAGGGUCGCGUGCCAAAGCGACCACCUAAGAAAUUUCAUAUGCCCGACGAUGUCGAGACUGGGUUUACGCGCGCUUCCACUCUGGCAGAUGAUGGUACACAGAAACCCAAACCUUCCAAGACACCCAAGAGAAAGUCCACAACACCCAAGGAAAAUCCAACAGCGCCUAAAGAGAAGUCGGCGGCGCUUAAAGAGAAACCAGCAGCUCCCAAAAAGAAACCAACGGCGUCCAAGGCAAAGCCAAAGCAAAACCCUGGCCUUGAACCAGUGCAAAAACCGAGCACGGAUGAAAUCUUCGUGUCACCAAGUGCAAUACGGGACUACCAGAAAGCCCAGCAAGAAGCCGGGGAUACUACGAACCCCCGUACUGGUUUCUGGCCUCGUCCAGAAAGGUCAGUCAGGAAAUCCGUCAGGCCGACGAGCCUGGUGGCCCAUAGCUCUCUGACCGAUCGCAUCAGUAAAGUCAUUCGCAACUUGGACCGCACCAGUCCUGAUCGCAAUAAAUUUGAUUGGAACGAUGAAGAGUACAUAGAUAUAGAUUAG